CGGACAUGGUCGAAGGAGACCCCCUGUUGCACGUGUCUAACGUGCGUAACCGGCUGAGGGAGAUCGUGGGCGCGUCCACUAACUGGAGGUCGUGGGUCUGAGGACCAGAACAACGAAGACGCUUCACACACUCUGCACACACGUCGGCUAGAGUCCGCCGCUCUGACCCGGGGAACGUUCCCGAGGCUUUACGGCGUUCGUGUUCUACGGUUUUCUCAACAACGCUUCGAGGACGAGCUUCUACGAUUUUAGAUGGAACAAAAAUAAUUUCACAUAAAUUAGGAAAGAUAAACCGAAAAUAGAAAAAUGAAGAAGAAGAACUGGAAGAAAGAAGAUGAAGGAGAAGAAGAAGAACAAAAAAGAGGAAGAGAAGAAGAAGGAAGGAUGAGAAGAAGAACUAGAAGAAGUAAAAGGAGGAGAAGGAGAAGAAGACAAAGUAGAAGAAGAAGUAAAAGGACAAAGAAGAAGGACUCGAGGAGGAACUUAUUAGAUUUUAGGAGGUUGAAGUCAAUAAUUCUUCAUCUUAAUUGUGACAGUUUCUCCUCCAUGAGAUGUGAAGGAGGACAGUUGCCUCUGUGUUUUGGUGCAUGGCGAUAAACACAGUGAUGGAGAGAAUAAACCAAAAAUACAAAGAUGUCCGCCGAGGCUCGAGGCCCCCAAUGUUCACUAAUUAAUGACGACCACCAGCAGGCCAUGGCGGAGCGCGUGUCGCUGUCGUCCAUGUUGGCGAAGUCUCAAAGCGACCUGCCGCCCAAGACCAUGAAGGACAGCUACCUGGAGGUGCACCUGCCCCUGGGCUCCGAGCCACAGCUCCGGGAGAAAUACCUGACCUUCCACAACACCGUCAGGUUUGGAAGGAUCCUGGAGGACUUGGACAGUUUAGCAGUCCUCAUCUCCUACUCUCACACCUAUAACCGGGCGCUGAAGAGGUCCCCGCUGUCCAUCGUCACCGCCCUGGUGGAUAAGAUCGACAUGCGGCAUCACACCAUCUAUCCCGACUGCGACAUCAAGUUCACUGGUCAUGUGACGUGGGUGGGGAAGACCUCCAUCGAGGCCAAGAUGCACAUGUCACAGUUCCACAACGGGGCGUACUCUCCGGUUCUGGACGCAACGUUCGUCAUGGUGGCCCGGGACCCCGAGAACAAGAGGGCGGCGUUUGUGAAUCCUCUGAAGCCAGAAGGUCCGGAGGAGCAGAAGCUCUUCCAGGAAGGAGAAGCCAAUAAAAUCCGCCGCGUGGACCUGAGCACGGCGUCGCUGCUGAAGGCGGCGCCCACGGACGAGGAGAGGAAGGUGGUGCACGGCCUGUUCCUCGACACGCUGGACAACAAGACGGUGAGUUUCCGCAGCAGAGUUCUGCCUCCCAACUCUGUGUGGAUGGAAGACGCCAAACUGAAAGGGCUGGAGAUCUGCCACCCGCAGGAGAGGAACAUCUUCAACAGGAUAUUUGGAGGUUUCCUGAUGAGGAAAGCCUACGAGUUGGGCUGGGCCAACGCCUGCUCCUACGGAGGGGGUCGGCCCAUUCUGGUUGCCGUUGACGACAUCAUGUUCCAGAAACCCGUGGAGAUCGGCUCCCUGCUGCUGCUGUCGUCUCAGGUGUGCUACACACAGGGGAGGCACAUCCAGGUGAGGGUUCACAGCGAGGUGUUCGACCCGUUGACCCGACAGCACAACACGACCAACGUGUUCCACUUCACCUUCCUGUCCGACAGCGACGCCCCCAACAUCAUCCCCAUGACCUAUGGAGAGUCGAUGCUUUAUCUGGACGGGAAGAGACACUUCCACCAGACGGUGGAGCAACCGGCAGCGGCGAAGAAUUAAUGCACUUCUAACUAUAUAAACAUCUCGUUCUUCUUUUUUACAUCAUGCCUUUGGUUACAUCAUCAGCUCUUUUCUCUCCUCUGGUGGUUUGACUUCUGCAACGCGGAGGAAACACGCUGCACCUUUUAUAUUCUUUGCUCUUUUUUUUACUUUUUCAUGUUCUGAUUGAGCAGCUUUAUUCUGAAGAGGCGGGCGGCCUUCAGUUGUGUAUUUACUCAAAUGCAAUAAAUGGAUUCUUAUUUAUAAGGACGUCA